AUGUUCCCCGUCGACGGCAUCCGUUCUCAGCUCGAGUGGAACUCGUCUUUGACGACUACUGAGUUGGUUCCAACCGCAACUGACCAGAACAAGUUCAAACGCAAGACGUCUAUCAUCGCCACGAUCGGGCCCAAGGUCAACACCGUAGAGAAGUUGGCUGAGCUUCGACGAGCUGGUGUCAAUGUUGUCCGCAUGAACUUCUCCCAUGGGUCCUAUGAAUACCACCAAAGUGUCAUCGACAACACUAGGAAGAUGCUUGCUGAGGAUCCCCAUGGGCGUCCCGUGGCCAUCGCAUUGGACACAAAAGGACCUGAGAUUCGCACGGGGCUGACACGAGAGGGCAAAGAUUGGCUCAUUGCUGCUGGACACGAGUUCAUCAUCGCCACUGAUCCCAAAUAUGCCGAAGUCUGCGAUGACCAGGUCAUGUAUCUCGACUAUGCCAAUCUUCCGAAAGUUACUGCCCCUGGAAAACUCAUCUAUGUCGAUGACGGCAUCUUGUCGCUGCUGGUUCUAGCUAUUGACGGGUCAAACGUUCGUGUUCGUGCUUUGAACAACGGAAAUAUCUCUUCUCGCAAAGGUGUCAAUCUUCCCAAGACUGAUGUCGAUCUUCCGGCGCUUUCUGAGAAGGACAAGAAGGAUCUCCAAUUUGGUGUCAGGAACGGUGUCGACAUGAUUUUUGCAUCAUUUAUCCGACGCGGACAAGAUGUGCGCGAUAUCCGCACUGUUCUUGGACCCGAUGGCGCCAAUAUCAAGAUCAUCGUCAAGAUUGAAAACGAACAAGGUGUUGCUAACUUCGAUGAGAUUCUCAAGGAAACAGAUGGCGUUAUGGUCGCUCGUGGUGAUCUUGGUAUCGAAAUCCCUGCAAGCCAAGUGUUCCUGGCGCAGAAGAUGAUGAUCGCGAAAUGCAAUAUUGUUGGGAAACCUGUCAUCGUGGCUACUCAAAUGCUGGAGUCCAUGACAUACAACCCAAGGCCAACUCGCGCCGAAGUGAGCGAUGUUGCAAACGCCGUUCUCGAUGGUGCGGACUGUGUAAUGCUGUCCGGAGAAACUGCCAAAGGAUCCUAUCCCAUCCAGUCAGUUCUCAUGAUGGCUGAGACCUGCCUGCUGGCCGAAGCAGCGAUAUGCUACCCUCCUCUGUUCGACGACAUCAGAUCGAUCCAACCGCGGCCUACAGAGACCGCCGAGACUGUGGCCAUCGCAGCGGUUGCUGCUGCUUCUGAACAGGGCGCUAGCGCUAUCCUUGUGUUGUCGACCAGUGGAAACACCGCCCGUCUGAUUUCCAAAUACCGUCCCGCGGUGCCCAUCAUCACUGUUACCCGCAACCAGCAAACCUCGAGGCAGAUCCACUUGCAUCGUGGCUGCUACCCAUUCUGGUACCCGGAGCCAAGGGGGAUAGAAACACACCAAUGGCAGACCGACGUGGAUAAUCGCAUCCGGUUUGGACUGCGGAAUGCAUUGGCACUCAACAUCAUCACUCCAGGCUCAACCAUCAUUGCCGUUCAAGGAUGGAAGGGUGGUCUUGGCCACACUAACACGCUCCGUAUCCUUUCUGUCCCCACAGACUCGGCCGACCUCGAGCUGCAACCUCUGGGAUCUGUGUGA